CUGGCCACCCGGCGCGAAGUUAAAGGCCCGGGCUGCGCGCGCUCCUGGAGGCGGGGAGCGCAGGCAGGAGCCCGAGCCUGCGGCCGCGGCCCUGCGGACCAUGACUUGCUACCGGGGCUUCCUGCUGGGCAGCUGUCGGCGCGUGGCGGGCGGCCGGGCGACGGCGCUUCGGGGGCCGGGCGCGGGAGGCCCUGCGGCGCGGGCCCGGCUGGGCGGCGGCGGCGGCGGCGGCGGCGGCGGCCGACGGCACCUGGGGCAGGGGCAGCCGCGCGAGCUGGCGGGCUGUGGCAGCCGCCCCGACGGCGGCUUCCGCCCCUCCAGGGUGGUGGUGGUGGCCAAAACCACCCGGUACGAGUUCGAGCAGCAGCGGUACCGCUACGCGGAGCUCUCGGAGGAGGACCUGAAGCAGCUGCUUGCACUGAAAGGCUCCAGCUACAGUGGACUGCUUGAACGACAUCAUAUUCACACCAAAAAUGUAGAGCAUAUUAUAGAUAGUUUACGGAAUGAGGGAAUUGAGGUUCGUCUGGUCAAGAGGAGAGAAUAUGAUGAAGAGACUGUUCGAUGGGCUGAUGCUGUCAUAGCUGCAGGAGGUGAUGGCACAAUGCUUCUAGCAGCAAGUAAAGUCUUGGACAGACUUAAACCAGUGAUAGGGGUAAACACUGAUCCAGAACGGUCUGAGGGUCAUUUAUGCCUGCCUGUUCGAUACACACAUUCCUUCCCAGAAGCCUUGCAGAAGUUCUCUCGUGGUGAGUUCAGGUGGCUGUGGAGGCAGCGGAUCCGCCUGUACCUUGAAGGGACCGGCAUCAACCCAGUUCCUGUGGACCUGCACGAACAGCAGCUGAGCUUGAAUCAGCACAGUAGAGCUUUCAACAUUGAACGAGUUGACGAUGAAAGGUCUGAGGCUUCAGGACCCCAGCUUUUGCCAGUGAGAGCACUAAAUGAAGUCUUCAUUGGGGAGAGUCUGUCAUCCAGAAUGUCUUAUUCUUGGGCUGUAGCAGUGGACAAUUUAAGAAGAAGUGUACCCACUCUAAAGGGACUGGCCUCCUAUUAUGAGAUUUCGGUUGAUGAUGGUCCAUGGGAAAAACAGAAGAGUUCAGGGCUCAAUUUGUGUACAGGAACAGGAUCAAAGGCUUGUUCUGGAGGCUGGGACGUCCAGUAUCAAGGUGCUGACAUCUGGUCAUUUAAUAUAAAUAGGGUUGCAACUCAGGCUGUGGAAGAUGUUUUAAAUAUUGCAAAACGGCAAGGAAAUUUGAAUCUUCCAUUGAACAGAGAAUUGGUAGAGAAAGUAACAAAUGAAUAUAAUGAAUCCCUGCUCUACAGUCCAGAAGAACCAAAAAUACUUUUCAGUAUUCGAGAACCAAUAGCAAACAGGGUUUUCUCAAGCAGUCGUCAGCGUUGUUUCUCCUCAAAGGUUUGUGUUCGUUCUCGUUGUUGGGAUGCCUGUAUGGUGGUGGAUGGAGGAACUUCUUUUGAGUUUAAUGAUGGCGCAAUUGCUUCAAUGACAAUCAAUAAAGAAGAUGAGCUUCGAACUGUACUUCUAGAGCAAUGAAGGAUUUCCUCGGAUGGCAGAUUUUGAUUACUGGAAAAGUAUUUUUACUGCAGAAAGACUACUAGUCAGAAAGUACAUUUUUGGUUAUAGUCGAGACUGGUUGCCCCUCUGCUCAAAGAUAAAAAUUUGAGAUUUGCAUUAUUCUUCGGUUGAAUUCUGAUGGAAAAGAUGUUCAUAAUGUAAGAAAAUGGAUGGACUAAAUGGAUUAGAAUUGAUAACAGUGAAAUUUCUAUAUUGCUUAUAUUUGGUAACCAAGAGUAUUGAUAUCUCUGAAAUUUAGAGGCAGGCUUAAAUAAAGUAUUGAACAUUUAGGAUUUGAAAUUUAAAUGUCCAAGUGUUUUUCCUUCCCUUUCUUCCUUUGUGGAAUUAGUCAGCUGAAAUGCAUAUCACUUGCUUAGUGCUUAUUUUUUAUGAUACCUAAAAAUCAAGAUUUUAAGAAGUUUUAUGGUGAUGGAGAAUUUUGAUAAAACCUGACAUUGACCUAAUUGGAAUAGGUAAACGUGUUUUUAUAUGUGCUGAGAAUUUUCUAAUUUCAAAACAUAUUGAUGUUGCUACAAGUUUAUUGAUUUGAAAAUUACAGUCACUUUUGAAAUUAUUUACAAGUGAAUAUUUAAUUUGACUCUCAUUCUGGUGAAUUUCAACAAUCUGGGUGAAAUGAAUUAGGACAAAAUCAUGAUGCUACAGAUAUAUUUCUUAUCCAGUAGCUGUUUAAGGUCAGAAAAGUUUUAUAAAAAAUGGCUUGAGUCCAAUAGGUUUCUUCCAUCUUUAAAACUCCCUAACAUGGAUUCAAGGAUGAACUAAUUGUAAUUAGACCUAUUCUAUUAGGAGUUUAUAAAUUCUUUUAAAAGGUAUUUUCAGCUAGUUUUAGGAGUCAGAAUGAGAAUGAACUUUUUAGUAAACAUGUAAAACAGUAGUUUUGGAAUUGCCCUACUUAGUGAGGUGGAUUUCACUUAACUAAUACUCUAAAUUUUCACAUAAUAGCUUUGUAAGAUAAAAUGUUAUAGCUUUCAUUUCCCCCCCAUUGUAAGAAUUCCUUUAUUUUUGGAGGAAAUUAUUUUUAUUGAAUUACUGAUCUACUUAUAAUAAGUAAUCCUAGAAUCUUCACAGAAAGCCCCUAGAAGUAAUGCUGCAUAAUGAAACAGAUGAUAUGCUCAUGCCAUUUACUCAGAGUUGAAUGCUUUUUUCAUUUGCUGGUGAAAAUUUUGUUCAGUUCUUGACACACUGCAUAACCCCUAUGUGCCAUGUACUACAAUGUAAGGUGCUGGAUAUACAGUGAUGAAUGAAACAGACUGUCCUUAUAGAAUCUGAGUGUAGUUAAGCUUAGAAGUAAAUUCUGUGAAAGCUAGAAUGUAUAGUCAAAUUGACUACGUUGAGUUUGCAGACAUUUAUUUUAUUGCUCUUAUCAAAAACUUUUAAAAUGAAUGUUAAUGUAGAAAGGCAAUUUGGGUUCAGAUGUAUAUCCAGGAGAAUUUUUCUUAAUUAAAAGUAUCUACAUAGACACUCGUUGCAAAGUAUUUACCUGGUGCAUCAGACAGAAGUAAAAACAGUGUUUUCCCAAGCUGGUUCAAAUUUCUGGUUUGUCUUUUAAGUGAUAUAUCUAUGUAAGAUACUUUUUUUUUUUUAACAAAGUAGUUAAGUUCCACAUAAAAGAAACAGGUUUAAAGUACUUUCUUGGAAAAAAAAAUGCCAACUGCAUCUUGAAUAUCUGAAGGCAAUCUGAUUGUUCAGAUGCUACCAUAGCGCUGUUAAUAUGUAACAUAUUAAUAGGUAACCUGCUGUGUAAAGUUUUUUAUCAGCCAAAUUCUGAAGGAUUUUAAAAGUACUGAAUGUGUUCCAUUUGCAGUCUAACAUUUCUUCCACUCUAUGGCGGGGAUUUGUUUAUAAGAGGAGUUGCAAAAGAUUUAGACUAGCAAAAAUGUUUUUAUGAAUGAGUUAACCUUCUUAAUGGCAACUAUAUGUGAAUAAAAUUAAACUAUUGUUA